CCGCGCCGCCCCUGCGCCCGGCCGGUGCGCCGCCCUGGCCCGAUCGCAGGAUCUCACACUUUCCCCGCCGGACACCGGACGGGACGACCCGCGGGCUUCGGGGGCUGGGGGCACCCCGGGGGCUGGGGCGGGGCGACUCGGCCCGCCCGAGCGGCCCGCGCCCCCCUCCGCGCGCCCCCGUCCCCGCCGGCUCGGAGGAGGGGGCAGGCCGUCCUGUUUCCCCACACCCCUCCCAGCCGCCGCCGGCUUUGGGGCCCCGGUGGGGAGCAGGGGGCUGAUUAGCCGAGGAGCAGGGGUGUGGCCAGCGGGGCCCUGGGUAGUGAGUCACACACGCUGCUCGCCCAGUCUAGGGGCCGAGCGCGAUCCCAGCCCGAGCUGCGCGCUGGCCCGGCCCGAAGAGUGUCCCCGGGCUUGGCAUGAGGACCUUGGGGUGCCGAGGGAGGGGCUGAAGCCCUGCGCGGUGGUGGAGGAGGGCGGACAGAAUGACUGAGAACAUGAAGGAGUGCCUGGCGCAGACCAAGGCGGCCGUGGGGGAGAUGGUGACCGUGGUGAAGACCGAGGUCUGCUCACCACUCCGCGACCAGGAGUAUGGCCAGCCCUGCUCUAGGAGACCAGACCCCUCAGCCAUGGAAGUGGAGCCCAAGAAACUGAAGGGGAAGCGAGACCUCAUCAUGCCCAAAAGCUUCCAGCAAGUGGACUUCUGGUUCUGCGAGUCCUGCCAGGAGUACUUUGUGGAUGAGUGCCCGAACCAUGGCCCCCCGGUGUUUGUGCCCGACACGCCGGUGCCCGUGGGUAUCCCAGACCGGGCGGCCCUCACCAUCCCGCAGGGCAUGGAGGUGGUGAAGGAAGCCAGUGGGGAGAACGAUGUGCGGUGCAUAAAUGAGGUCCUCCCCAAGGGCCACAUCUUCGGCCCCUACGAGGGGCAGAUCUCCACCCAGGACAAAUCAGCUGGCUUCUUCUCGUGGCUGAUUGUGGAUAAGAACAACCGCUACAAGUCCAUAGACGGGUCAGACGAGACUAAGGCCAACUGGAUGAGGUACGUGGUCAUCUCCCGGGAGGAGAGGGAGCAGAACCUGCUGGCGUUCCAGCACAGCGAGCGCAUCUACUUCCGGGCCUGCAGGGACAUCCGGCCCGGGGAGCGGCUGCGGGUCUGGUACAGCGAGGACUAUAUGAAGCGCCUGCACAGCAUGUCCCAGGAAACCAUCCACCGCAAUCUGGCCAGAGGAGAGAAGAGGUUGCAGAGGGAGAAGUCUGAGCAGGCUCUGGAUAACCCAGAAGACCUGAGGGGUCCCAUUCAGCUCCCUGUGUUGAGACAGGGCAAAAGUCCCUAUAAGCGUGGCUUCGACGAGGGGGACGUGCACCCCCAGGCCAAGAAGAAGAAAAUUGACCUCAUUUUCAAGGAUGUGCUGGAGGCCUCACUGGAAUCUGCGAAGGUAGAAGCCCACCAGCUGGCUCUGAGCACCUCGCUGGUCAUCAGGAAAGUCCCCAAGUACCCGGAUGACGCCUACAGUCGGUGUGCAAUGACCGUGUCGCAUGGCGUGCCGAAUGUCAGCCGGACCCAGGGGGAGGGGGACUGGAAGGCCCCCCAGGGGGCUUCCAAGGAGCCAGGCCCACUGGAGGAUGAAGAAGAGGAGCCUUCGUCAUUCAAGGCCGACAGUCCCGCCGAGGCCUCCCUUGCCUCCGACCCUCACGAGCUUCCCACCACCUCCUUCUGCCCUAACUGUAUUCGCCUAAAGAAGAAGGUCCGAGAACUCCAGGCAGAGCUAGACAUGCUUAAGUCUGGGAAGCUGCCUGAGCCCCCCGUAUUGCCAGCGCAGGUACUGGAGCUCCCAGAGUUCUCAGACCCUGCAGCCUCAGAGAGCAUGGUCUCUGGCCCCGCCAUCAUGGAGGAUGAUGACCAGGAGGUCGAUUCGGCAGACGAAUCUGUCUCCAACGAUAUGACGACCGCCACCGAUGAGCCCUCCAAGCUGUCGUCCACCACGGGGCGCCGCAUCCGGCGCUUUAAGCAGGAGUGGCUGAAGAAGUUCUGGUUCCUGCGGUACUCCCCGACCCUCAACGAGAUGUGGUGCCACGUCUGCCGCCAGUACACGGUGCAGUCCUCGCGCACCUCGGCCUUCAUCGUCGGCUCCAGGCAGUUCAAGAUCCACACCAUCAAGCUGCACAGCCAAAGCAACCUUCACAAGAAGUGCCUGCAGCUCUACAAACUCCGCAUGCACCCCGAGAAGACGGAGGAGAUGUGCCGCAACAUGACCCUGCUCUUCAACACCGCCUACCACCUGGCCCUCGAGGGCAGGCCCUACCCGGACUUCCGGCCGCUGGCCGAGCUGCUGCGCAAGUGCGAGCUCAAGGUGGUGGACCAGUACAUGAACGAGGGAGACUGCCAGAUCCUCAUCCACCACAUCGCCCGGGCCCUGCGGGAAGACCUGGUGGAGCGCAUCCGCCAGUCGCCCUGCCUCAGCAUCAUCCUCGAUGGGCAGAGCGACGACCUGCUGGCCGACACGGUAGCUGUCUACGUCCAGUACACCAGCAGCGACGGGCCCCCGGCCACGGAGUUCCUGUCCCUGCAGGAGCUGGGCUUCUCCAGCACAGAGAGCUAUCUCCAGGCCCUUGACCGGGCCUUUUCUGCCUUGGGCAUCCGGUUGCAGGAUGAGAAGCCGACCGUUGGCUUGGGCGUAGACGGGGCCAACAUCACCGCCAGCCUGCGCGCCAGCAUGUUCAUGACGAUCCGCAAGACGCUGCCCUGGCUGCUCUGCCUGCCCUUCAUGGUGCACCGGCCCCACCUGGAAGUCCUGGAUGCCAUCAGCGGGAAGGAGCUCCCCUGCCUGGAGGAGCUGGAGAACAAUCUGAAACAGCUGCUGAGCUUCUACCGCUACUCACCGCGCCUCAUGUGCGAGCUGCGGUCCACGGCCUCCACCCUCUGCGAGGAGACGGAGUUCCUGGGGGACAUCCGGGCCGUGAGGUGGAUCAUCGGAGAGCAGAACGUCCUCAAUGCGCUCAUCAAGGACUACCUGGAGGUGGUGGCCCACCUCAAGGAUGUCAGCAGCCAGACCCAGCGGGCGGACGCCUCGGCCAUCGCGCUGGCCCUGCUGCAGUUCCUCAUGGACUACCAGUCCAUCAAGCUCAUCUACUUCCUUCUGGACGUGACCGCCGUGCUCUCACGCCUGGCCUACGUCUUCCAGGGCGAGUACCUCCUGGUGUCCCAGGUGGACGACAAGAUCGAGGAGGCCAUCCAGGAGAUCAGCCGGCUGGCCGAUUCCCCGGGGGAGUACCUGCAGGAGUUCGAGGAGAACUUCCGAGAGAGCUUCAACGGGAUCGCGAUGAAGAACCUCAGGGUGGCCGAAGCCAAGUUCCAGUCCAUCAGGGAGAAGAUCUGCCAGAAGACCCAAGUGAUCCUGGCUCAGAGGUUCGACUCCCGCAGCCGGAUCUUCGUGAAGGCCUGCCAGGUGUUCGACCUGGCCUCCUGGCCCAGGAACAGCGAGGAGCUCAUGAGCUACGGCAAGGAGGAUAUGGUUCAGAUAUUUGAUCACCUGGAGGCCAUCCCGACCUUUUCCCGGGAUGUCUGUAGGGAAGGGCUGGACCCCCGGGGGAGUCUGUUGAUGGAGUGGCGGGAACUCAAGGCUGAUUACUAUACCAAAAAUGGCUUCAAAGACCUCAUCGGCCACAUUUGCAAGUACAAACAGAGGUUUCCGCUCUUGAACAAGAUCAUCCAGGUCCUCAAAGUCCUCCCCACUUCCACCGCGUGCUGCGAGAAAGGCCGAAAUGCCCUACAGCGAGUCCGCAAAAACCACCGCUCCCGCCUGACCCUGGAGCAGCUCAGCGACCUGUUGACAAUCGCUGUCAACGGCCCGCCCAUUGCCAACUUCGAUGCCAAGCGAGCCCUGGACAGCUGGUUUGAGGAGAAGUCUGGCAACAGUUACACACUCUCCGCCGAGGUCCUCAGCAGAGUGUCUGCGCUGGAACAGAAGCCAGUCCUGCAGACGGUGGACCAUGGGGCGGAGUUUUACCCGGAUAUUUAGGGGGCCGGCGUCACAGAGUUCACCAAGCUGUUGAAUAUUUUUUUAAUCUAUACUCAUAAGCUUUGAUAUAUUAUAUAAAUAUAUAUAUUAUAUUAUAUAUAUAUAUAUAAACCCACACUGAAAAUUUUUAAAAACCAAGGUGACACGUCCACCAGAAGCUACUGGGAGCUUUCAGAAAGGAAUAAUGUCGGAAACUGACUCUUGUCUACAAAAUUUGGCAGCUGCAACAUAUGUGGCAACUCAUUUUCACUCACAGAAGCAUGUGCUGGGGCCACACGUGUUCCCACCCAACAGUCAACCAACAGCAUAAGCUAAAAUGACGGGUCUCUGUCAUCACCUCUAGGUAGCUCGUUUUUGUUGAUAUUUUCAUUUGGGGGUUGAGGGGUUCGGGUUUAGGUGUAUGUUCUUGCCUUUUCUUUUCUUGUUUGGUUUUCUGAUGGGGGUUUCUUGGGCUCUUCGUUGCCAUGCUGGUCCAGCUGAGUCAGAUCUCUGAUUUUGGAUAGGGUGGGUGGUGUAUCUGGAUUGGGGUGUUUGACUUUCUUCCUCUCCCAUCUGACUUCAGCUUGAGAGAUUUUUAUUCAUUUCCUGACGAGUGUUCCUUCACUGUCUCAGAAACAAAGUGUCAGUCAAACUGUGACGCCCACCUCUCCCCUCCUCUGUCACCUCUCCCGUCCCUGGGUUAUUGAUUCCCUCCUUCCAGCCCGUGGAUCCUAAAGAUCUCACCUGUUAUACUGAAGGCAAAAUUGCCUUAUAACUGAGCUUGAAAUCCUUGAGAUGGGAGAGGGGGUAAGCUUUUUGCAUUCCUGUUUUCACAUGGUGUGGGAUAAAAUAAUAUAAUUCCAUUCAGAUCCAGGGCUGGGGGGGAAAUGAAGAGCCAAGAAGUCCAGACCCCAAGAGGGCAGCGAUUUUUGGCUAAAAACAAGUAAAACGAAAAGUCUAUAUUCAAUUUACAUGAAUUAUUUAUACUCUGUCUUUAUAAUCAUAUAAUGUGUUGGGGGUAUUUUUGUUUUCCUUUAAUAAUCGAGAGAUGCCUGCUAUAGUUCAGUGGCAGGAGAUGUCAAUGCAAGUCAUGCCCUGGGUCACGCGUGACUCCAAUGAGAGUCUCUAGAGAUUGGGUCUUUCUUUUGCAACAGGCUGGUAAGAAGCACAGCCUGGCAGGAAGGCAGGGGGAGACCGAGUAAUUCAUCUAUGCCUGUGAACACUUCCUUUUUUGAACAGGGUAGAGAUGUCCUAAAGAAAAGGCAGAAACAAGAGGUAAGACAGGACUCUCAAGGCAUCAGCCUACACACACACACACACACACACACACACACACACACACACACACACAGAACCACGAUAUAAGCUUUAGAAAUAGCCACUUGCCUACUCCCUGGGGCAAGGAGUGGUUUAAGCUAGAGGAGUCUGAUCAAUACUCUUUCAUUCAUUUAACUACCAGUAUACCUCGCAAGGGAGUUUUAAAAAAAAAUGUGCGUGCGCUGUUAAAAACUUCUGUUCAUAUUUCCACGUCUGACUUAUGCAUAUUUGAUAUGCAGAGAUCCUGUAUCGUGGGUGCAGGUCAUUUUGGG